AUGUCUUCAUCCAGAGAUACAAAGUCACACCUGUGCCUUCCUCAGCACGCCUUCCCACCACGCCGGUGUGUGGAGGAAAGACAACAAGGAAGGAACAAGGACAACAGCAACACACUCAGCCGCCACAAAGGUUGGGGCCACCUCACCUGUGCCUUCCUCAGCAAGACAGGCCGCCCACCACGCCGGUGUGUGGAGGAAAGACAAGGAAGGAACGAGGACAACAGCAACACACUCAGCGGUAAAAAGCCGCCACAAAGGUUGGGACCACCACACCUGUGCCUUCCUCAGCAAGACAGGCCACCCACCACGCUGGUGAGUGGAGGAAAAGACAACAAGGAAGGAACAAGGACAACAGCAACACACUCAGCAGCCUUGGAGCUGCCUCACCUGUGCCUUCCUCAGCAAGACAGGCCGCCCACCACGCCGGUGUGUGGAGGAAAAGAGAACAAGGAAGGAACGAGGACAACAGCAACACACUCAGCCGCCACAAAGGUUGGGUCCGCCUCACCUGGACAGCAGCAUGAGUGGCCAGGGCAAGCAGGAGCAGACUGCUGCAGGAAGCAGUGGGCUCACUGGUCAUCAGGUGAAGCAACUUGCUGCUGGCAACUCCAGCAGCAAAGGAGAGAGGAAGUUUGUGUGUCUGGAGUGUGGAAAAGGAUUCACCUCAAGGCUGGGCCUCAGAUAUCACACCCUUACACACACUGGUGUAAAGAACUAUGA